GUCGCGUCGGUUUCUCUGCACUAAUUAGUGCCGAUUAAUUCGCGGAACCAAUUCAGUAACUUGCCCUCGUUAUAAACGCCACGGUACUUCGGACCCGCAGGAUGGAAGAUGAUGAGCCCCUAUUAAAUUAUUGUGAAAUGCUAGCGCCGAAAACAUUUCGUCAGAAAUCUAACGAUGGAAGAAGCUUUAUCAAAAUAGUUACGGAAGAGGAUAGAAUCACACAUUCAUCCCAGGCCCAUGUGAUUGACCCGACACCAGAGCUGACCACGUUCGGAGGGAUCAAGCUAGGAUGGAUUCAGGGCGUCCUCAUUCCAUGCCUGCUGAACAUCUGGGGCGUGAUGCUGUUCUUGCGCAUAGCUUGGAUCGUGGCGCAGGCCGGCAUCGGGCUCACCAUCGUCAUCAUCUUCGUGUCAAGCUUGGUGUGCAUCAUCACCACUCUUUCCCUGAGCGCUAUAUGCACCAAUGGACGUGUGCAAGGCGGUGGUGUAUAUUACCUUGUAUCCCGCUCUCUGGGGGCUGAGCUAGGUGCCUCCGUGGGCAUUAUAUUCGCGUUUGCCAACGCAGUCGCGGCGAGCAUGAACACCAUCGGCUUCUGCGAGUCCUUCAACGAACUGCUGCGGCUACACGGCCUGAAGAUCCUGGACAAUAGCGUCAAUGACGUCAGAAUUGUUGGCGCUAUUGCUUUGCUCAUCAUGUGCAUCAUAUGCGCUAUUGGGAUGGACUGGGAGACGAAGGCACAGAACUUUUUGAUCGUAAUCAUUGUAGUAGCAAUCUUCAAUUACGUGAUUGGGUCAUUUAUUGGCCCAAGAAACAACAACCAUAGAUCUAAGGGAUUUGUUGGAUUGAAUAGUAAAACAGCUGCAGAUAACUGGGGACCUGACUUCCGUCAAAACAAUGAUAUAUUUUCAGUAUUUGCGAUGUAUUUCCCUGCUGUUACUGGAGUACAAGCUGGAGCUAACAUUUGCGGUGAUUUAAAGAAUCCAGCCACAGCUAUACCCAAAGGUACUUUUACGGCGCUCGUGAUAUCCAUAUCGACCUACUUGUUUAUGGCAUUGCUGGCUGGCACCGGUGCGGAGCGUGACGCCUCCGGCAGGGUAUCUGACUUGAACAACCAGACACUGGACUCUUGCAAGCCUGCAUGUAAAUAUGGCCUUCACAAUAAUUAUGAGAUAAUGCAACUAAUGUCAAUUUGGGGUCCCAUUAUCUACGCAGGAUGCUGGGCGGCCACUCUAUCCACGGCUCUCACCAACUUACUGUCGGUGCCACGACUUAUACAGGCCUUGGGCAUCGAUCGCAUAUACCCUGGCCUUUUAUUCUUCUCCAAACCUUAUGGCAAACAUGGUGAACCAUAUCGGGGAUAUGUGUUGACGUUUCUUGUGUCACUUUUGUUCCUUUUAAUUGGUGAUUUGGACAAAAUUGCUCCGCUCAUAACAAACUUCUAUCUGGCUUCGUAUGCUCUCAUUAAUUUCUGCACUUUUCACGCCGCAUUCAUCCAUCAUAUUAGUUGGCGGCCAACCUUCAGGUACUACAACACAUGGUUGUCUCUGGCAGGGUUCUUGUUGUGCGCCGGCAUAAUGGUCGUGAUCAGUUGGCUGAUGUCAUUGAUCACAGUUGCUAUAUUUGUAACUCUCUACUUAGUGGUACUUUAUCGCCAACCAGCUGCAAGUUGGGGCAGUAGCACAGAAGCGUACCGGUACCGCGAGACCGUGAACGCCAUCCUGACGAUGACGCAGCGGACGGGCCAUAUCAAGAGCUACAAUCCGCAGCUUCUGGUGCUGACGGGGAAACCCAUGGCGAGAGUCGCGUUGCUAGACGUCGCACACCUCAUCACCAAGGUCGGCUCUUUCAUGAUUGUGGCCGAUAUCACCACUAAAUUAAAAACCUAUCAUGACAUCAGCGAGCGCAAGCAGGCGGUAAACACGUGGCUGGCUUCGCGCAAGUACCGCUCGUUCUACGUGAUCGUGCAGGCGGACUUGGAGAGCGGCGUGCGAUCGCUCGUGCAGUGCGCGGGUCUCGGGCGCGUGGCGCCCAACGUGUUGCUGGUUGGCUACAAGGGCGACUGGAACCGAUGCACGCACAAGGCGCUCGCGACUUACGUCCGGAUUUUAAGGUAUGCAUUCGAGAACCAGCUAGCAGUGUGUAUCCUGCGCAUGCCGUUCCUCAAGUCAUCGGGGUCGUCGACGCGCGUGGGCGGUGCCGACAGCCUGGCGAUGAUAGCGCAAUCGCGAGUGCUGGCCGUCAUGCACUCCAGCUCCAACUUCCAACUCCAAGACGAUGAUAGUGAAGAAGAAGAAGUUGAAGAAACCGAAGUAAAAGAACCAUUGGACGGGGACAGAACGGAUCGGUUCCCAGAAGUGCCACCGCCAGCCGAAUCCAUCACGACUCUCUCUACUCUUCCCCCUCCUCCGCCGCAAAACAAAUCCAAUCUGAGCAAACCAUUCGCCUUACAUUCCACCAGCACAUUGGACACGUGGUGGCUGUACGACGACGGAGGCCUGAACAUGCUUCUCCCGUACAUCAUAGCCAACCGAGGCUUCAAGGAGAAGAUGCCUUUGAGAAUAUUCUCGCUCGCCAGGCCCCAUCACAAAAUUGAAGCUGCACAGAAAUAUAUGGAAGAUUUGCUUUCUAUGUUCCGCAUCGAGUACGACAAACUUCAAAUGGUGACAACUUUGGGAAAUCGCCCUUCAGAAGAAAGCUGGAAUCUUUUCGACAGAUUAGUGCUGAAUUUUAAAGAUAUUGAAAAUGAGGAAUGUCUCAUUACGAAAGAAGAGUUAAAAAGGCAGAAGGACAGAACCUCCCGACAUUUGAGGUUGCGAGAGCUUCUAUUAGAAAAUUCUUCAGAAGCCGGUCUCAUCGUGUUGUCGUUGCCCAUACCGCGGCAGGGAACGUCUGCGGCGCUGUACAUGGCGUGGCUGGAAGCCAUGAGCUAUGAUCUGCCUCCCAUGCUGUUCGUACGGGGGAAUGACGUAUCAGUUCUCAAUAUGUAAUAGAACUAUGCUACUCUUAUUCCCGAAAUCCUUUGUAACCGGGACCACGGGGUGUGACAUACCUAAUUAUGAGACCGUCCUCUUGUGGGAAGCACUACAUAAUGUACUACUCCUCAAAAUAUGUCUGUGUAUUUCCUGUGGUGAUGCCCUUUUCAUAGAUGGACAUGAGCAGUGUGAAAAGUAUUCGUAUCGUAUGAAAACGUCACGAUAUUUUAAUUAUUUGACAGAAGUUUUGAAGUGGAAGUGACGAUUUUGUAUAGUCUGAUAUUUAUGUCAUGUAAUCAAUCAUUUUAUGCAAUAAAACUAAUCGUGUAAAUAUA